UCUGUGACAUCUGCCGAUACGGCGACCCUGAUUUCAGCAUCCGCCGGGGUCCUCAGACGUUCGCGCGUUUGUCUCUACAUACUGAACUAAGCGGGACAGUUCUGACUCUUUAUGGUGAAAUGAUGGGACAGAGCGCCAAGGUGUUCAGCAAGUGGUUUUCUCUUACACCAACUGCACAAGCAGGUAAAUCUCUAAAUAUAGAGAGGGGUCAGGACAAGGAAAACAUCAGGAAAGUUCACGAACAGUUAUGUAAGGAACUGAACACACUUCAGCGGGAACACAAACACGCGCGGCAGGUCGUGGACAGUCUGCAAUGGGACUACGACCGAUCCAAAGAUUUCGACCCCUUGAGACGUUAUGGUUUGCUGAAAGGUAUGAUCAAGAGGACAAUUCUUCAUUUUAAACUUAACGAAGACAAAGUGACUGGAUCUAAUUCAGUAACAGGGAUCCGAAAUCUUGCCACUGCUUAUAAAGAGUUGUCCUAUACGCUGGAGUUAACGAGGAGAAAGGCCGAUCUGGACGACAUGUCAGUAGAAGAAAUAAAGUCUGAAGUUGAACAAUUACGUCAUCAGGUCAACGGGUUGAAGGGUCGGUGUUCUCUGGUAACAGACACUAUCACUCAAUUGGAGAAAAAAUACGAGCUAUCUAAACAUUUUGCACCACCGAAGCGAUACGAAUUGAUGAAGAAGAUGGUCCAGAAAGUUGUAAACGAUCAGUUUAUAUGACAUUAUCAACUUCGACAGAACAUCACACAAAACAAUGUGCACCCCUCCAAAGCAAUAAUCCAAAACCAGAUUAGGUAUAAUUGUGUAUCGUCUGUAAGCAAUGGACCCUUGGAACACAGCACUAACCUGGAUAACCGGGAUCAAACAUAUUACGGAGAACCCUGGCUUCUAACUCUUCCUGUGGCAUCGGCCAGAAGUAAGGAUGAUAACUGGACAACGGUUAGCUUAAAACUUGUCACGGUGACAAAAUAGCAACCCUUUCUCCUUUCUCCUUUGAAUUUCAAGAUUUUUGAAAAUUACUACAGGAAAAAUUUAGUGUUGGUAAUAUAGACACAUCCCAGAUUAGAAUUGUAUGGUGCACGUAAGACAAUGGAUGAUGGACUAUCAUUGUGAUAAUCUGCAAUCGUCCUGCUCUGGAGCAAAAAUAUCUAUUUGAAAAGGUUUCUCUGCAUUUUGUAAGAUUGCUUUACUGUUUUGUAUCAUUCUGUUGAACAUGGUUUCAAUAUGUAUUGUAUACAUCAUAUCCUAUUUGGAUCAAUUGAUUGAUUAUUAAACAUGCUAUAACGUAGAUUCAGUUGCUGUGAAGACCACAAACCUUUACGAGUCAAACACAAAUCUUGUACAUCUAUAUUUGGAAUAGUAAAACUAUCCAUGGUUUAAUAAAAUUCCUCCAUUACGAUAGUCGACAAUUAAAUCAAAGCACUUAAACAAUUAUAUCAACCUAGUUUGUCUUACAUAUAUGUAUAUCUCCUCGUCAGUAUUCGUGUGCCUUUAUCUGGAGGGGGACAAAACAUACUGAAUUUCCGUCUCACACACAUGUAGUAUCAUGUUCGGUGAUUCAGAAGUCGAUAGUGUGAACAGUAAUUUCACUUAUGUUCAAAAUUUUGCCAGACACCACAAAUAUAUGCUACUUAUAUUAUUGUAAAUAUAGCACACUGCUACAGACGAAGCUUUGAAUAGUUUAUCAUUACUUCAGAAUCAUGUUUUUGUCUGUUAUAAUAAAUAGUAUCUUUUAGAAAUUUGAAUGGAAGUGUGAAGAUCCACCGACAUCUAUACGUCGUUGGUUGCCCGUGCUUUCUGUUUGUUCUAAAAAAUUAUUGCAUACUUUUACCUAUAGUUUUAUUGGUAAUAAAUAUAUGGCUGAAAAAAU